GCAGGGCACUUUAUAGCGUCGCCUCAGUUCUUGCACAGCGCGACCAUUGCAAGUGAGCGAGCGGAUUUUAGUCUAUAAUUAUACGGGCUGGAAACGGAUUUUCAUACGUCGUCAUGCUGUACAGCUUUUACAUCUACGGUCGAUGACACCUGCGUUUUUGUCUUGAAGUUUCGCCGAUCGCGAACAGUUGGGACUGCAUUCCUUCGCUCUGGAGUCCAGACCUGCAGCGUUUUUCAGAGUUAGUGAGAGAGCUAGAGAGAGAGGGGGUCCCCGUUCCUACCUGCUGUCUUUUACGUGUAACUUCUGAACUAUUCUCCAGCCCAGUCAAACAUUCUUCUGGCUGGCUUUGCCCAGUGUUGUCGUUUAUCUGAAACAUCGGAAAAUCAAUAAUGAUAUCUGAGAAUCGAUUCGUUUUGAACUAGAAAGAUUCUGCAUUUAAGUUCUGCCCCAUUGGAUUGAAUGCCUUGUAUGCGGUGACUAUGGCUUUACAAUGGAUCCUCGUAGCCGCUUUGGCUGGAAUUCUUCUCACCGCCACUUCAGAAAUACAUGGAGCAUGUCUCUAUCAGGGAUCUCUGUUCGCGGGAGAGCGGUUGAGGAUCCCUCCCAACCAGUGUUGUCCAGAGUGCCUGCCCUCCUCCCAGGGCUCUUGUCAGCAUAAAGAAGCUGUUUAUGGGCAUGACAGUCAGUGGAGUGCCCCCCAGUGCCAGGUGUGUGUGUGUUCUGGGGGUAGUGUAUCCUGUAGACAGAGACCCUGUCCUCCUCUCAGCUGCCCCCCAGACCAGACUGCCUUCACCCCCGCCGGAGACUGCUGCCCCAAGUGUGCCCGCAGUGGAGCCUCCUGUUCCUGGGAGGACCAUGACUACAGGGAUGGGGAGGAGUGGAGUCCCAGCCCGUGCUCUAAGUGUGUGUGUAGUAACGGACUACCUCAGUGCUAUGCAGCAGAAUGCCAACCUGUCGCCUGCAAACCGCUCGAUAAUCUGGUGAUCCAGCCAGGACACUGCUGCCCACAAUGUGUCCCCAACCCUUGCCUCUCCGCUGGGAAGGAGUACAAGCAUGGUGAGCAGUGGCAGAAGAGUGGCUGCACCAGGUGUGUGUGUGAUCGUGGCCAGUCUCGCUGUCACACACACACCUGUCCACCCAGGACCUGUGAGAAGGGCCAGGCCAAGGUAAAGAGGGCGGGGCAGUGUUGUGACGAGUGUGUCGCCGCCAAAGGAAGCUGUCUGUACGAGCUUACCGUGCGUUACCACGGUGACAUGUGGAACGGCACCGGCUGCGAGUUCUGCACCUGCGAGAGGGGACAGGUCCUCUGCCAGAGAGCCCAGUGUGCUCGAGUAGAAUGCCCGACGGGAUCAGAGCUGGUCCACCUACCAGGGAAGUGCUGCCCCGAGUGUCAGUCCAUGAAGACCUCUUGUGUCUACCCACAUCAGUCCUCUGGGAAGGAACAGAGGCGACUGGCGAACCUGGAGAGGUGGAGUGAGGGCCCAUGCAGGGAGUGUGAGUGUCGUGAGGGCAGGGUGACCUGCUUCCUGGCGUCCUGUCUCACCUGUCCCCUGGGGAUGCUGGCUGUGCCUCGCCAGGGACAGUGUUGCCCAGACUGCCAUUUGGAGGUUCAGUGCCAGAGGGACUGCCUGUCUUGCUCGGGGACCCCUGACCAAUGUGAGAGCUGUAAGGACUCUACCGCUCUACUUCUGGACGGACGCUGUGUGUCCACCUGUCCACGUGGUUUCUAUGCCAACGGGAAAGUGUGUGCAGCCUGCCAGUCGUCCUGUGCCACCUGUGAGAAAGACUAUGAAUGCUCUUCCUGUGGGGGGUCCUUGCUAUUGAACAACAGGCAGUGCGUGGCCACCUGUGAGCCGGGGUCCUACAAGGACCACACACAGUGCCUGCGUUGCCAUGCAUCCUGUUCAGUGUGCUCAGGGCCGAGCCAGCAGGACUGUGUGUGGUGUUCUGACCCGUCUCACCUCCUCAGAGAUGGACUCUGUGUCCCAGACUGUGACCAAGGCUACUACACACAGCAAGGAACCUGUUAUGCAUGUGAUUCGUCCUGCUCUUCCUGUUACCCUGACAACCCCAAGUGCACGAGCUGCCCCCAGGGCUCUGCUAUGCAUCAUGGGAAAUGUAUUUCCCACUGUCCAGAACAGCAUUACAUAGAUGACCAUGGACACUGUAGAGCCUGUCACAGCUCCUGCUGGUCCUGCUCCGGCCCCUCUGUGUCCCAGUGUACCCUCUGUUCCCAGGGACUGUCCCUACACCAGGGCCAGUGUCUGGAGGCCUGCGGAGAUGGGCUGUACCACCAGGAUCAGACCUGUCACAUCUGCCAUCCAUCUUGUAGGGGAUGUCUAGGUCCUCUGGCCUCCGACUGUCUGAGGUGUCUCAAACCACAGGAGGCCCUGCUGCCGCAGAACAGUCACACACACAGAGCAAGGCCACGCGGAGUGUGUGUGGACAGAUGUCCCGCUCGCUUCUACCUGGAUGCUCAACACACCUGCAGAGAAUGCCACACUUCCUGUUUACAGUGCACCGGAGGAAGUGGUCAGAACUGCACUUCUUGUGCCCCGCCCUACGUCCUCCAGGAAGGCCAGUGUUUUCUCAGAUGUCCCCCAGGCUACAACAUCCAGGAUAACACCUGCCAAGGGUGCCACCCAUCCUGCCAGGAGUGUAGCGGGCCGUCCAAGGCUGACUGUGUGUCCUGCCCCCCCCUGGCCAAAUUCCACAAUGGGUACUGCACUACCAGCUGUCCUGAGGGAGAGUUCCUACACCCCCAAGGAUACUGCCAGGUGAUUGCCUGCGCUGGCAGCGGACCUACCAACAGGGCGUGGGCAGUUGUGUGUCUGUGGUGUAAGGUCAGGACCCUGUUGCUAGGAGAACACUGUGCCACCCACUGUCCUCUCGGCCACUACCCCUGGCACGGGGCCUGCAAGAGAUGCCAUGCUUCCUGUGAGGGCUGCAGUGGGGAGGGGCCUCUGUCCUGUACUUCCUGUCCUGCCCCCAACUUUCUGUUGACCUCAGGGCUGUGUGCCCCCACCUGCCCGCUGGGUUACUAUGCCGAAGGAGACAGACGCUGCAGAGCGUGUGGCAGCCAGUGUCUAUCCUGUGAGACGGGAGGAGAGUGUACGUCGUGCCGUGACCCGGGCAAGGUUCUGAUGUUCGGGGAGUGCCAGUACGACAGCUGUGCCCAUCAGUACUACUUCAACACCACCAUCCGCACUUGCAGAGAGUGUGAUUGGAGCUGUAAUGAAUGUGAGGGUCCUCUGCGUACUGACUGUCUACAGUGCAUGGAAGGACACGUUCUUCAGGAUGGACUCUGCACCCAGGGCUGCUCCCCAGGGUCCUACCAGAAAGGGGAGAGAUGCCUCAGUUGUGAUGAACACUGUGAAGUGUGCCACGGGCCAGGCCAGUGUGGGCGAUGCCAGACUCCUUAUUCCACCCUGCAGGGCCACUGUGUGUUGGAGUGUGGGAGGACAUUCUUCCUGGACUCCUCUCUGAAGCUAUGUACACCAUGCUCAGCUGACUGUGUGGAGUGUGAGGGGAUGGGUCGCUGCACCGUGUGCAGACAAAACACUUACCUAAGAGAUGGAUACUGUACUCCAGACUGUGGACACGGUUUCUAUAGUGACAAGAAGAGCAGGACUUGCCAUGCUAACAGCCAGUCCCCAACCCUACAUAUCAGUAGCUCUCUGCUGGUACCAAUUGGAGGGACUAAACCCCUGGACUCAACCAUACUCUCUGCCCAGGAUCAAGACAGCCCUCCAGAGAGCUUGGUCUUCCAGCUGCUGCAGCCCCCUGCUACAGGCCGUAUGGUUGUCCUAGAGGGGGGCAGGGAGAUAGAGAUGUCCCGAGACGACACCUUCUCCUGGGCACAGCUACAGAGCAGACAGGUCCGCUUCACUCACGACAAGGACCAGGCCAAGAGUGGACAGUUCACCCUGCGUGUAGCUGACCCCCAGCUCUUUUCCCAACCAGAGACCAUUCAGGUCCAGGCAGUGUCGAUGCAGCCCCCACAGAUUCUUACCAACAAUCCUUUGCUGGUGGACGGAGGGGAGACGGCGAUCAUCUCCAAGGCCGUGCUUCAGAUCGACGACCCAGACAACCCUCAGGAUGUCCUGGUCAUGGUUCUGGACCCGCCCCAACAUGGCCGCCUGACCCGUCUCAAUGGCGACCUGGCGCUGAGCCAGUUCAAGAUGGAGGAGUUGUCACGGGAACAGGUGCAGUAUGUCCAUGAUGGGUCGCCAGGGCAACGGGACAGGAUGCUGCUACAGGUCAACGAUGGAAACAGCUACCAGAACAUUCUAAUGCAGAUCAGCAUUACUCAGAAGCUUACCCAGGCUCCUCGUGUUCUGUCGGUGCCCGUCACGUGGGUGAGAGAGGGAGGCAUGGUACAGUUGGGGAAGAGGUAUCUGAGGACAGAGUAUCAGGGUGCCAGCGAUGACCAGAUCAUUUACACCAUAGUGAGCUCCAAAGGAAGUCCCAAAUACGGUGAAGUGCUGUUGGUACCCAUGCCAGCCGACGGCCCGUUGGAAGGUUGGCAUCCCUCGCCCGACGACAGGAGCUCUACCCCCACCUCCUCCUUCACUCAGCAGGAUGUGAAUGAGGGCACUGUGUGGUACAAACACUUUGGCACCACCGGCAUGACGGAAGGAGACACCUUCCUGUUCCAGGUGUCUAGUGAGGGGUCCCCAGACAUGCUCAGUGAUGCUCAGACCUUCACCAUCGGAGUGAUGCCUGAACUCCCAGGGUUCCCCCAGCUGGCCCCCGCCUGCGAUCUACAGAUAACGGCGCUGGAAGAUCGUGUGACCGUGCUAACACCCACAGCUUUGUCCUUUGUGGACUCUGAGACGCCCAGUGAAAAGCUUGUCUACAACAUCACCAAGCCCCUACCUGAGGGACAAGGUUCUUUGGAGCAUCGUGACAGACCCUACAACCCAGUGUCCUUCUUCACCCAAGCUGAUGUCAACCAGGGCCGGAUCCUGUACCGCCCUCCGCAGGCCGCCUCUCACCUCCAGGAGCUCUACCAGUACUCCUUCACUGGUCUGCCAGAGUCGCUGAAUCUUUAUUUCACAGUGUCGGACGGGGAACACACCACUCCAGAGAUUGACUUUUCCAUCCACCUGUUGGCCAACUACCAGCAUCCUCCAGUGUUUCAGAUCCUUGACCCUGUUCUGGAGGUUAGCAUGGGUGGACGAACACCCAUAGGUGGGCAGCAGCUGGCAGUAACUGAUGCAGAUACAGCUCCUGAUGAGUUGGAGUUUGAGCUGGUGGAAGGACCGGUCCAUGGAACCUUGCUCAAGAUGGAGUUUGACUCACAGACUGAGAUGAUGAAUGGUGACACGUUCUCCUUCAGUGACGUGACGCGUAACGUUUUGCAGUAUGAACACUCUGGCCUCUCCACCGACGAGGAUGCCAUCACCUUUACCGUUACCGACGGCUUCUCCAUGACGACGGCGGUGGUACAGGUGGUUGUGUUGGGCGUCGGGGGCGACGGGCCCAGGAGAGACCCAGAGGCCCUGCUGUCCAUGGAGGUUCCUGAAAAAAGUACUAGUGUCAUCAGACGCACACACCUGGGUUAUACGGUUACGGACACCUCUCCAGAUGAGAAGAUACGUAUUCAGCUGGUGUCAGUUCCUAUGUACGGCAUCCUGACCAGGACAGGGUCAGACUCAGAGCACCAGGAGAUGACAGAGUACUUCUUCACCUUGGACGACAUCAACAAACACAGGAUCAGCUACAUCACUUCCUUUGAGAUAGGAAGUCAGCCGGUGACGGACAUCUUCCAUUUUAUUGUUUACGACGGUGAGAACAAUCGCCUUGACAACCAGAUGUGUACCAUCACCAUCACCUCCAUGAAGAGACAGCCUCCAGUGGUCACUGUCCGCAGUGGCAUCAAGGUCCAGGAAGGAGGAAGAGUCCAGCUGUCAACCAAUCACAUCAUUGUAUCAGAUCUGGACACACCCAAGAAGGAUCUGCUGGUGUGGAUGAUCAGCUCGCCCAAAUAUGGCUUCAUUGAGAACACGAGACGAAGAGUGGGCUCGUUGGGCGGUUCAAAUACCCGCGUCAUCAGUCCAGAGGUUCCCUUCUCCAUGGACGACCUGACCACUGACCACAUCUUCUAUGUUCAAAACGUCCAGAACAUUGAACACCACUACCAGGACACCUUCUCCUUCUACAUCAGUGAUGGGUCCAGUCAGACAGAGGCCUUCAAUGUCAACAUAGAUAUACUGCAGACUAAAGAGGAGAUGGAGCCGGUGGUAUCAGUGAACAGAGUCCAGGUGGAGCAGAACUCAGGAGUGGUCAUCACUAACUCCUCUCUCAACGUCCUGGACCAGGACACACCAGACAACGACAUCAUCAUCACCGUCACCAAGCAACCUGCCUACGGUAAGCUGCGUAGACGCCAGUUCUACUCCCAGCCUCUGGAGAACGGUCGGAUCCUGUCUCAGGGGUCCACGUUCACCUACCAGGACGUGGUGGACCUGCUUCUGGUGUACACCCCUGACGCGGCCAGCGGGGGCAGUGACGAGCUCGCCUUCUCUCUGACCGACGGCGUCCACGUCGCCACCGGACGGCUCACCUUCACCAUAGACGUCAGGAAGAGCGAAGGACCAAGGAUGACUGUGAAUAGAGGCCUGCAGCUGGCCGCAGGCUCAGCGGCUAAGAUUACUGAGCAGAACCUGAAGGGAUCAGAUUCAGACUCAGAUAGCCUGAAGCUGAGGUACAUCCUCACCAAAGACCUUCCAUUAGGAAGACUACAGCUUUCUAAAGAAGGAGGAGGAGGACAGGACAAGAUGUCUGUUAAAGGACCUGUCAAGAGCUUCACACAGGAGGAGGUCAACAAAGGUCUUUUGGAGUACAGUCAUGAGAAGGGAGAGAAAGGAGGGAGCGUCUCCUUCAAGUUCAACCUGGUGGAUCCAGAGGGCAACAAACUAAUCGACCAGUCUUUCUACAUCAGUGUACUAGAGGACCACCUGCCCCCGUCUGUGGUAAUGAAUAAAGGUCUGGUGGUUGAUGAGAACUCAGUGAAGAAGCUGACUACUCUCCAGCUGUCAGCUACAGACCAGGACAGUGAGCCUGGAGAACUGGUGUAUCGUAUCACCAAGCAGACUGCACUGGGACACCUGGAGCACGCCAGCAACCCAGGAACACGCAUCACGUCCUUCUCCCAGUCUGAUCUGACCUCCCGCAGUGUCCAGUACGUUCACACCAGCGAAGAAGAGAAGCAUGCGGACCAGUUCUCCUUCAUCGUGUCUGACGGCGCUAACGAGGUUGCCCAGACGUUCUACAUCACCAUCCGGCCGGUGGAUGACUCCCUCCCCCUGCUGGUGGUUCCUGGGAUGAGGGUUCAGGAGGGGGUCAGGAAGACCAUCACUGAGUUUGAACUGAAGGCCACCGACGCUGACACAGAGGAGGAGUCCAUCACCUUCACCAUAGUCCAGGCUCCCCGUCACGGCACCAUGGAGCGGACCAACAACGGACAGCACUACCGUCAGACCAACAGCUUCACCAUGGACGACGUCUACCAGAACAGAAUCAGCUACAACCACGAUGGAUCCAACUCACUGAAGGACAGAUUCACCUUCACUGUAGCUGACGGGACUAAUGUGUUCUUUAUGGUGGAGGAGGCAGGCAAAGAGGUGUUGACGGCUGCACCACAAAAGUUUAAGAUUGACAUUCUGCCAGUGGAUGAUGGAACACCUCGUAUCGUCACAAACCUGGGUCUGCAGUGGCUGGAGUACAUGGACAACAAGGCCACCAACCUGAUCAGUAAGAAGGAGCUGUUGACCAUGGACCCAGACACCGACGAUGGUCAGCUGGUCUAUGAGGUCACAGCAGAGCCUAAACACGGGUUCCUGGAGAGCAAACUGAAACCUGGGGCUCCUAUCACCUCCUUCACACAAGCUGACGUUAACCUGGGCUUGAUCCGCUACGUGCUCCAUGAGGAUAGCCUGACAGAGACCGUGGACAACUUUAAGUUCCUGGUGAAAGACAGCAAGCCCAACGUUGUCUCUGAUAACCUGUUCCAUAUCCAGUGGUCCCUCAUCAGCUUCCAGCACAGGAGCUACAAUGUGAGUGAGAAGGCUGGCACGGUGUCAGUCACAGUGAAGAGGACGGGCAACCUGAACCAGUAUGCCAUCGUGCUGUGUCGUACGGAACAGGGCACCGCCACCUCCACCUCCAGCGUGGGAUCUCGUCCCGGGCAGCAGGACUACGUGGAGUACGCUGGACAGGUCCAGUUUGACGAGCGGGAGGACACCAAGGUGUGUACCAUAGUGAUCCAGGACGACAAGGUGUUUGAAGGUGUGGAGAGUUUCCAGGUGGAGCUGAGCAUGCCCGUCUACGCCCUCCUGGGUCAGGUGACCCGCGCCAGCGUCAACAUCAACGACACCGAAGACGAACCCACGCUGCAGUUUGACAAGAAGAUCUACCACGUCAACGAGAGUACCGGGUUCAUACACGCCCCCAUAGAGAGGAAAGGUGACACCAGCAGUACGGUCUCGGCUCUCUGUUACACGGUUCCUAAGUCAGCUAAGGGAAGCAGUCCACACGGCCUGGAGUCUGGGUCUGACUAUAAGAGUCGAGGUAUGACUGGUGACAGCAGGGUCAUCUUCGGCCCCGGCGUCUCCAUGUCCACCUGCGACGUCAAGCUCAUCGACGACAGCGAAUACGAACUCUCAGAGGAGUUUGAGCUCCACCUAUCGGACGCCUCGGAUAACGCCCGCAUGGGUGAUGUUAAAGUGGCAAAGGUGGUCAUUGACGGGCCAAAUGAUGCUUCGACGGUAUCCCUGGGCAACGCUACAUUUACGUUCAGCGAGGACGCUGGCACCAUAGAGAUUCCGGUGUUGCGGCAGGGGAGUGACCUGUCGUCAGUGACCUCUGUGUGGUGUGCCACGCGCCCCUCUGAUCCCCCCUCUGCCACCCCCGGGGUCGACUACAUCCCCUCCUCCAGGAAGGUGGAGUUCAAAGCUGGCAAGACUAUGGAGACGUGCAGUCUGACCAUCAUGGAUGACAUUCAGAACCCGGCCAUUGAGGGGGCGGAGGCUUUUGUAGUGUUCCUCUCCUCCCCUCAGGGGGCGGUGCUCCUCGAACCCUUCGAAGCCUCCGUGGUCAUCACUGAUACCUUGGAUCUACCCAGCAUGCAGUUCGAGAAGACGGCAUACAAGGUGAAGGAGAAGGAGGGCGUGCUGAACAUCCCCGUCGUUCGAACGGGAGACCUGACGGUCAAGUCCUCUGUCCGCUGCUUCACUCGCACCAUGUCUGCCAUGGUGAUGGACGACUUCGAGGAGAGGAGGAACGCAGACGACUCGCGUAUCUCCUUCCUCCAGGGAGAGAAGGUAAAAAACUGCACGGUGCACAUCAAUGACGACUCUGUGUUCGAGCCAGAGGAGGAGUUCCAGUUGCAUCUUGGGACGCCGCUGGGGGACCACUGGAGCGGGGCCAUGGUGGGAGUUAGUGACAUUGUCACGGUAACCAUCACUAACGACGAGGACGCCCCCACCAUAGAGUUUGAGCAGACGUCGUACCAGGUGAGGGAGCCCCCCGGGCCAGAUGGCAUCGAGGUGCUUAACAUCAAGGUGGUCAGGACAGGAGACCAGGACCGCACCUCCAAGGUCCGUUGCAGCACCCGGGACGGAUCAGCACAGUCCGGAGUGGACUACAACCCCAAGAGCAGGGUCCUCAAAUUCACCCCUGGCAUGGACCACAUCCUGUUCAAAGUGGAGAUUCUGUCCAAUGAGGACAGGGAGUGGCACGAGUCCUUCUCAUUGGUCCUCGGUCCUGACGAUCCGGUGGAGGCGGUGCUUGGAGAGAUCACCACGGCAACAGUCACCAUCCUGGACCAGGAAGCAGCAGGGAGUCUCAUUCUCCCGGCCACGCCCAUCGUGGUAUCUCUGUCAGACUAUGACAACGUGGCUGAGGUGUCUAAGGAGGGCAGUAAGAAGCAGCCUGCGCCUGGCUACCCCUUGGUGUGUGUGACGCCCUGUGACCCGCACUACUCCAAAUACUCUGUGAUGAGGGAGCGCUGCGACGAGGCAGGCAUCAACCAGACGUCUGUUCACUUCUCCUGGGAGGUGGCUGCCCCUACAGACACCAACGGGGCCAGGUCACCUUUCGAGACCGUCACUGAUACCACACCAUACACUGGUGUUAACCAUAUGGUCCUGGACAGUAUCUAUUUCUCUCGGAGGUUCCAUGUGCGCUGUGUGGCCCAGGCCCGGGACAAGUCCGGCCAUCUUGGAACACCCCUGAGGAGUAACAUAGCAACCAUCGGCACCGAGGGUUCCAUAUGCCACACCCCUGUUACCACGGGAACAGCCCGAGGAUUCCAGGCCCAGUCGUUUAUCGCCAGUCUGAAGUAUCUGGAUGUUAAACACAAGGAGCACCCCAACCGUAUCCACAUCUCGGUGCAGAUCCCCCACCAGGACGGUAUGCUGCCCCUAGUGUCCAGCAUGCCCCUCCACAACCUGCACUUCCUGCUGUCGGAGUCCAUAUACAGACAACAGCACAUCUGUUCAAACCUGGUCACUCUCAAAGACCUGCAGGGGGUCUCUGAGACGGGUUUCCUGGAUGAUGUCCAGUAUGACAGUAUCUCUCUGGGUCCGGGUUAUGACAGACCCUACCAGUUCAACCCCGGUGUCCGAGAGGCUAAGAGCAUCCAGCUGUAUAAACACCUCAACCUGAAGAGCUGCAUCUGGACCUUCAAUGCCUACUACGACAUGACGGAACUCAUAGACGUCUGUGGAGGCUCUGUCACUGCCGACUUCCAGGUGCGUGACUCGGCCCAGUCGUUCCUGACGGUGCAGGUUCCUCUCUACGUGUCUUAUAUCUACGUAACAGCUCCCAGGGGUUGGGCUUCACUGGAACACCACACUGAAAUGGAGUUCUCUUUCUUCUACGACACCGUGCUCUGGAGGACAGGCAUCCAGACAGACAGCGUUCUGUCAGCCAGACUCCAGAUCAUCAGGAUCUACAUAAGAGAAGAUGGCCGUCUGGUCAUCGAGUUCAAAACACACGCCAAGUUCAGGGGCCAGUUUGUCCCCGAGCACCACACUCUGCCUGGACACAAGUCCCACCUGAUGGUCCCGGACCACCUGGGGGGGAUAGAGUUCGACAUGCAGCUUAUCUGGAGCGCCCAGUCCUUUGAUUCUCCCUACCAGCUCUGGAAAGCCACCUCCUCUUACAGCAGGAAAGACUACUCUGGAGAGUACACAGUGUUUCUGAUCCCCUGUACCGUACAGCCAACACAACCAUGGACCGACCCUGGAGACAAGCCUCUGUCCUGCACAGCCCACGCCCCAGAGAAGUUCCAACUACCUAUAGCCUUCCAGCAGACCAACCGACCGGUGCCUGUCGUGUACAGCCUCAAUACAGAGUUUCAGCUGUGCAACAAUGAGAAGGUGUUCAUGAUGGACCCGGCCGUCGCUGACAUGUCCAUGGCUGAGAUGGACUACAAGGGAGCCUUCUCUAUGGGCCAGACAUUGUAUGGCAGGGUGCUGUGGAACCCUGAGCAGAACCUGAACUCAGCCUACAAGUUGCAGCUGGAGAAGGUGUACCUGUGUACAGGACGGGAUGGAUACGUGCCCUUCUUCGAUCCCACAGGGACUCUGUACAAUGAGGGCCCUCAGUACGGCUGCAUCCAGCCCAACAAACACCUCAAACACAGGUUCCUGAUCCUGGAUCGGAAGCAGCCUGACGUCUGUGACAGGUACUUCCAUGACGUUCCCUUCGAAGCCAACUUUGCGUCGGAUAUCACAGAAUUACAGACCAUGACAGCCAUACCUGGUGUUGAUGGAUUUACCAUGAAAGUUGAUGCCCUGUACAAGGUGGAGGCGGGGCAUCAGUGGUACCUUCAGGUGAUCUACGUGAUUGGUCCAGAGUCCAUAUCCGGCCCCAGGAUUCAGCGUUCUCUGACCUAUCAGCUCACCCACAGCAGUGGCGGGGGGCGGACUCGCCGGGAUCUGGUCAAUCAGCUGAGCCAAAGCAUCGGCCACAGCCGUGCUCGCCGGGACCUUGUUGACCACAGCGGACGUCUCACUCUAGACCAGUCUCUGAUAUAUGACAACGAGGGUGACCAGACGAAGAACGGAACCAACAUGAAGACUCUCCGCCUCGAGGUCCCCGCUGCCUCAACCUUUAACCCCCAGAUGGGCGGUUCGGUGGGCGGGGGCGUGGCCGCACUAACCCUAUUGGUCCUCGUCCUGCUCGCUUCAUGUUUACUCUUCAGGAAGUGCCGACGAUCGGCUGGUAAGAAGCCACCCCAGAUGGCGGAGGAGUACCCUCUGAACACCAAAGUAGAGGUGUGUUUGGAGAGGACCCUGGAGAAGAACUUCAGCUCUAAACACUGCACCGUCAGGAACAUCAACAUCAACCGGAACUACGACAACGUCAACUCCAAGGUCAACAGAGGCGCAAAGGUCAACGGAGGGGCGAAAGUCAAGCAGGUCAACCUGGAGGUCAAGCUCCACAACAACCUCCACAACGACGGCACCGAGGUCUGAGGAUCCCCACCACCUCCCACCAUUGUUUACCCUGGCUAGAUCAUUUCCCCAUUCGGGGUUUGCCAACGUUGAACUAGUAGAAGCAACAGUUCUACUCAAGGGGAAACAUCUACCGGAGUGGAGGAGUAUUUUAUGAGACAUCUAAAAGAUAUGUCAUUUUCUAAAAAGAGUUUGUUUGUACUUCUGCAAUAAAAUAUUGUUUGUUAAUGUAUUUUUAUAUGACCGUGAUGAGAGGUUAAAGGGAAGAGUUGUUUUUGACGGCCAGCUAUGCAGCGUUUAUUCAAAUCAAUUCAAAACUGGGCUACCUCAGGAAUAGGGAAACGAGUGAACAACUAUCGAACUAUGGCGUAAAACAGGAUUGAUUGUGUCAUUAUUUGAAUCCAUU